AUGCUGCUCUUUGACGACAAGGACCGUUUCUCUGUAGGCCUUGCCCUUGCAUACCGCUUGUCAUUAGUCUCGGGCGCCAUCACCACCGGACUCGGGCAAGUCGUCGACACAAACAACCUUCUAUCAACCACGCCUCUAGAAACCGAGGAAUUUGCGGCCCCAAAACAAAAAAAUGAGCCCGUGAUAGUAUACGACGACUAUGCGACAGCCUCGAAGGAAUUCAAAGCUGCGCAUGCCGCCCGGAGGGGAGGGGCAUGUGGGAUUUCUCGUGGCAGGUUGAAAAAGGACAACCUCGAGCAUGUCCUCACCCCCAUCGGCGAGCACAAAUUCUCCGCCCCCACCAUGGAGCAUCCCCAUCCGACUGGAUUGCGGGAUGGAUGCAGCCGAGGAUGGCCGUGUGGCCAUCCACACGAGGCCCAACCAAGCCCUUUACUUGACGCCGACGGCACGCCAAGGACUAUCGACUUUGGGAGGAAUCCCGAGUUGAAAGCCGGUGGUAAACCCCGUCUCCAUUGUUAG